UUCAAUUAGUGCAGUUUAAAGUUUCACAUUUCUAUUAACACUGCCGCUGUUGGUUGGAGUGAUAAUUUUUAGUUUUAUGUGUAACCUCUAGUUUUUAUUCUAAUGCGGUUUUCCGGUUGCAAUUUUCAAAUUGAAACAAAAAUAAAUUAAACUAACAGCCUGGGUGAGGCUCACAAACGAACACUAAACAUAUAGUUACACCUGAUUAACUGCAUUUCAUUCUCGAGCCAUAUACGAACAAAAUCAUCUUCUAUUAACGGUAUGGCCAAUGCUGCCAAGAAGCAAGAUGAACACAACUUAUCGGUGCUCCGCGAACAAUUAUCGUUACCAGCCAACAAAUAUUGCUUCGACUGCCACCAAAGAGGCCCAACGUAUGUUAAUGUUACCAUUGGUUCGUUCGUAUGCACAUCAUGCUCAGGAUUAUUACGAGGCUUAACACCACCGCACAGAGUAAAAAGCGUAUCGAUGGCAACUUUUAGCACUGAGGAAAUUGACUUUAUCAAAUCUAGAGGAAACGAGAACUGCCAGAGGGUUUGGCUUGGAACAUAUGAUUCGAAACAACCUACUAAAGAUGAAAAACAGAUAAAGGAUUUUAUGAUAUCCAAGUAUGAAAAAAAAACAUAUUAUUCUGAUCCAGUUGCCCAAAAGCCUAGAAAUGGUUUUCAGCCAAAACCCAGUGUUACACAAAAUAUUACUACUACAACUAACCAAAAUUCAAUUAAUAUGAUAUCACCAGCAAUUAGUAUAUCAACACCAAACAAAUUUGAUUUUUUCAAAGAAGAGCCUGUUGUUCAAACAUCUCCAUCGUUCGCAAAUUUUGAUAAUAAUCCUGUCUUUUCUAACUCUUUUGAUAGUACAAAAAGUAUUGACUUAAGUUUUAAGUUUAUGCAACCAAUUCAAACUGGAUAUUUCGAUUAUUUUGGAACAAAUCCAAUACAUUUUUCACCGGCGAGAAAACCUAACAACAUAAACAAUCGUUGGAGUGUUGCUGUUGAUAAUUCGAGUCCAUGUCCUAGUUGGAAAUCAAAUGGUUCUCAAGCUCCAUCUGAAGAUCGGUAUGCUGCGUUGAAGGAUCUCGACUAUCUUAUGAAAUCUCAAUCCCAACAAGAUGCUCCUCCUCUUCCUCAAUUAAAUAACAGCAAUAAUUCUGCAUGGAGUUCCGAUACAUCUUUAAAUGGUACAUGGAGUAGUCAGCUUUCAGAAAAUAACUCAUCUCAAAAUCCGUUCAAAGAUAAUAAUAUGAUACAAGACAGUUGGAUAUCGUCAAAUGAUUUAAUUAACCCAUUUCUGAAUAGCAAAUCAGAUGAUUGGCAAACCAAUGUGCAAUGGACCAACGGUAUGUCUUCUAGCCAAUCAAUGGGCUUCAACGAUGCGAAACCAUGGAACCCGGAUUUUUCUAACCCAUUUAAGGUUAGUUCAGAAAUCAACAAACAUUCUAGCAACCCAUUUUUAUGAGAAAAAAAAUAGGAUUUUUAUCAUCAAAUGGUAAUAUACAAAUUUUAUAAUUAGUAUUCAUAUUAAAUGAAACGUUUUAUAGAAAUCAGAUGAUUUGUUAUUCCUUAUCUAAAUUAUAAAAAUAAUAAAUCAAAAUCAUGGCUAGUAACAUGCGAGUCUACGUUUUUAAAAAUAUGGUAUUUAAUAAAUUUUUAACGUUUCGCUUAACAGCUCACUAUUUUAGACCCAUAAUAUAGUCUUUUUUCCUAAAUAAAUAGAUAUUCAUGCAAUUGUCUAGUCUUGCAAAUAUGUAUGAUUUGCUUCCUUUUUUUUAUACAACAUUUUAUUAUUGUA